AUGAUCCUUCUUUCUUUGUUGAUAAAACUUUUUCGUUUUGCCCCUCCUUCUAACUUUGUCAUGAUACUUUUUGCUUUGCCCGUCCUUCUGGCUUUUUCCGAUCUUUCUUUAUUGACUUUCCUGAUCCUUCUUCCUUUAUUGAUGAACCUUUUAGUUUUGCCCUUCUUUGUUCCUUCCAAAUUCAUCCUUCCUUCCUUCGUCUCUUAUAAUUCGCUUCCUAUCUCUGUUAUUAUUGAUUUGUUUAUAAUUAUCUCUCUUGAUCUAACCUCUCACUUCUUCUUCUUCUUCUUCUUCUUCUUUUUCUCUUUAAAGUACACACAGAGUCUAUCUAUAAAGAUGUUUCUAUCUAUGUCUGUUUUUAUAUUCUAUUCAUAUCUAUCGAUUUAUCUAUGUCCAUUAUUUCUCUAUGUAUGUAUGUAUGUAUGUAUGUAUGUAUCUAUCUAUCUAUCUAUCUAUCUAUCUAUCUAUCUAUCUAUCUAUUCAAUCUAUUCAUCUCUACCUAUUUACCUAAGUCUGUUUAUCUAUCUAUCUAUCUAUCUAUCUAUCUAUCUAUCUAUCUAUCUAUCUAUCUAUCUAUCUAUCUAUCUAUCGCUUACAUUUUCUUAA